CUGGACCAUCCUAUGGGGAGGUGUCACAACAAACUGGGGACUUCAGCCGUCCAAACAUUGGAGUUACAGCGACUUUUACGCACGGCUCUUCUAUGCAUGAAGCUGUUUUAUACUUGAACAUAAGGGACUGGCUCUCCCCUGGCACACACUUACCUACAUAUGAUGGCUUUUACAAUGCUGAGGCCGGUAUCGACGCAUCCCUUCUCUUACCCCGCUAACCUGACCUUGAUGUCGGACGAUGAGGAGGGGAACCGCAGCGAGAGCGACGGCAGCACCGACCAGGGCUACGGCUGCUGCGGGGUUCCGGGGGACAGUUACCGGCUGGAGUCCGGCGGCGUGGUGCGGCACCGGAACGCAGCUAACGCCAGGGAGAGACACCGGACCCAGAACGUCAACACGGCCUUCACGGCGCUGCGGACACUCAUCCCCACAGAGCCGGUGGACAGAAAACUCUCCAAGAUCGAGACGCUGCGCCUGGCAUCCAGCUAUAUCUCCCACCUGGCUAACGUGCUGGUGGUCGGGGACGGCAGGGCGGACGGACAGCCGUGUCUCACUGCUGUCUACAAGGAGGUGAAGGGCAGUAGAGAGGGAAAACAGCCCCGAAAUAUCUGCACAUUCUGCCUCAGCAACCAACGGAAAGGGGUGAAAGACAGACGUGGCUGUAUGAAAAUGCAUGGAAGCAGUGCAAGACAAAUAAGUGGCCGAUGAAGAUGUCAGAGUGGGAGUGGAUCUACUCUAAAAGCAGACUUCAGGGAAACCUCUAACAACCAGAGUGAGGAAGCAUCUCAGUCUUUGAGGACGACUCUGACUUUUUGGUUUGGCUCAUUGGUCACUUUACCCAUAAUCCAGCACACCAGCUCAUGUCAUAGAGGAAUACUGUUGAAGUGAUACAAUUAGAGUGUAAAGCUGCUAUAUGGUCAUGAUGUUAUUUUCAUUUUAAUGACAAACAUGUUCAACCAAUUGGUAAAAUAGACUUUCUGUGGAACUCAAUAGCUAUCUUUUGGUAGCAGAAUAUUUAUUAAUCUGGGUCAGAAUUAUGUUCUUAUUUACAUAGGAAGUGAGUGAAGUCAGACAAGUUUUUGCAUUGUUUGUUUGUACUUUACAGCUGUUUGAAAGCAAUCCAUAAAGUAUACAACAUCACUCACUCUGCAUUUCUAAAAGGUUUAUUAAGAGGCAGCAUGUAUUAUGCAAAGUGCUUUAAGGUCUUAAUACUUAAAGGCACAAUCUAUUAUCCAAAUGUAAGUAAAAGCAUGGUUUUGCCAUUCCAAUAUAAAAAGGGAUUGUAACGAGCUAGCAUUUUUUAGACAAUCUCAAAAUACUUUAUAAACUGAAAACAGAUAACUCAAUUCAUGACAAAGUAUGGAGCUGGUUAAGGUUUUAUACAUCAAUUAUGUCUGUAGUCACAUGUUUGAAAAUACCAAAGCCUUAGCAUGAGUGCUGGACAGCUUGACCCACAGAGACACAGACAUGCUCGAGGUGCCUAUCUUCUUAUAUUCUGUAUUAGGUAAGGUACUAAUGAGACAAACACCAAUGAAAGUUUGCAUCGUAGAUGAAACUAAGAGUAGGAUUCUGGGUAGCUUUGCUCACAGACACACUUGUAGCCUACAGCAGAGCAGUUUCAGGAAUCAUAUGUGAAAGGACUGUCCACUCUAUCACAUAAGCUGGUGUUGUGUAGUUUUGUGCAAGGACAUAUUUGUGGAACACUAUUAUGUUUGCUUUUCCAUUACAUGUUGUAAUCUACUUUGAAAUUAAAUUUAUUUUUACAUAGA